AUGACUGAUAUGAAUCUCUAUCCAGAUUUGAAUAUGGAUUUUCGAUCCAAUCAUCGGCGACAAUCUCCAGGUAUAAAUUUGAAUUCACCUAUAAAUCCUCAACGACCUCGACUUCCAUCACAUAUUGCUGAUGAAAUUUCACGUUCAACUACAUCGGACAGUUCAUUCAUGAAUACGACUCAUGAUAAUUUAGCAUCGCCAUUACGACAAAAAAUGUCAUUACCAUCGUUUCUUCAAAGUCCAGCACGUCUUCUAGAACAAUUACCUGCGUCACCAGCUAGCCUUUUACUAAGUCCUCUAGUUAAACAAAGUGACAAUGAACAAUCACCAUUUUUCUUAAACAAUAAGGACGAAACAAAUUUAAUUGAACAAGUCGAUCAUUAUUUCAUUCGACGUCGACAAUAUUUACAACAUAAUAUUGAUGUUUCACUUAAUAUUAGUAGAUGGGUACUUGAAAAUCUCAUUUUCUACUCAGUUGAAACACUUAGACGUCAAGCUCAACUGCAAAGUGAAUCAUCGUGUGCUUAUUUAACGCCAUUAUCGGCUAUUCGAAUGAUUUAUACUAUGAAAUAUCAACAAGGAAGUGGCGUAUUAUGGAAAGGUUGUUUCAGUUCUCUCAUACUAACAGCAACUGAAACAAUGUCAAAUAAUUUCAUCGAUGAAAUAGCUCCAUUAGAUAAUCCACUAUUGAGAAUAAAACAUAUACUUUUAAAAGCUAUUAGUUCAUUUCUACUUAUUCCAGUGUAUUCUGUUCAUCUUCUUCGAUCUAUUCAGUCGGAUUUAACAAUUGUUAAUCAUUGGUCACCAUUGACCAUUUUCAUUGAACCAUUUCAACGUAUACUCGGAAUUAAAACUGGUUUUUAUGCACGUGCACUACCAUUAUGGUAUUUAAUAUCAUUAAGUUUACCUUAUUUUGUCGGACGGCAUGCAUUGCAAUAUUUUCUUGGUUGUCGUUUUUUAAAAGCUCGAGAAAAAACUCUUCUUAACAAGGAUCAAUCAAUGAAUAUAAAUAAAAAUCAAUUUGAAACAGUCGAUGAUAUCGAAUGUCAACUUAUUGAUACAAUACCAAAUCUAGUCGAUCGAUCAUUUUUACGUAUAGAAGCAAAUAUAUUAUCUGUUUUUCUAUCCAAUUUUCUACUCUAUCCAUAUGAAACUGUACUGAAUCGUUUAUUUGUACAAGGAACACGAACAAUUGUGGACGAUCUCGAUAAAGCAGGCGUUGGUUGUACUGCAAUCAAUACACGUUAUUUAGGUUUAUUCGAUUGUUGUCGAACAAUAUUUGAAACUGAAGGAAGAUGUGGACGUGGUUUUUUCAAAGGUAUUGGCUUCUUAAUACUGAAAUUUGGUUUAAUUUAUGCCAGUGCGCAAUGUUUAAAACUUCUUAUUGAACGACUAGCAAUUAUAUAUACACAAAACACAAGUGAAUUAAGUAAAUUCCAUCAUUAUGUUAUAUCAAAACAACAACAAGAACCACAAGACUUUGAAAGCGAAACAAGUUAA